CCGAGCCUUGUUCCCUGCGCAGAAGACACACAUUCCCUAAGCUCGCACAUAUUGACAGUGGACGCGUCAGGCAUACGAAAAGAAGCCGCAAGCUACACUUGUUCCACCCACCUGGCCGUGCGCUCCGGGGCCUAGAGACACGGCAGGACGGAAAGACGGAUGGUCAGAGGCGGCGGCCAGGCGACGGACGAACGGACGCAUUUGCCGGUGUGAGCUGCGUCGUGAUCGUGCGGAGCCGAGGGGCAAAGGUGGCCGAAAAGGGAGAGGAGCCAUAAAAACAGCCAGCUUUAAAGGACGGAAAAUCCAUUUAACGGGCGGAUUAUAAGCAGAGUGGGAGAGGGGGUUGGCGGUUCGUACAGGUAGCAGACUCUCUCACCUUAAACCAUGGUGUCCACAGUUCUUGCUGUGACACUGUCUGUCACCUUACUCCACCUGUCCUCAGGUCAGACCGCUGUGCCAGGUGAACCGGGGGAUGAUGUCAUUGGCGAAAGCGCUGGCCCCUCACGGAGAUGGCCUCCUCGCCAGCCAACAUCGACGCCGCAGUCACUCGGGGACCUUAUCCAUGCAGCUCUUCUCAGCAAAGAGCAUCUUGGGCGAACCCUGAGUUCUGCCGGAACAACCACCAAUCCCACGCAGGCUGUGCCUCCUGUCCACCAAUCAGGGCCCUCAUCCACCAUGAUGUCACCGGGAGUUCUCACCACGGCUGCCACGUCGUCAGCUGGCCAGCCCCGUGCGUGGAGUGCUGUUACAUCAUCACCCUCGGAGGAAGAAACCACAACGACUCUAAUUACCACGACAACCAUAACGACGGUGCACACACCUGUGCAGUGCAAUGCCAGUCUGUCAGAGAUGGAAGGAAUUGUGGAGUCCCAAGACAUACACUCUUCUUCCUCUCCUGUGUACGCCCCCCUGGAAUGCACCUAUACCAUCACCGUCUACCGUGGCUACGGGGUGGAGAUCCAGGUCAAGAAGGUGAAUCUCUCCAAAGAGGAAUCCCUGACCAUACUUGGAUUGGGUGGUGAUGGUCCAGAGCUCCUGGCCAAUGAGACACUGAUGAGUGAGGGUCAGGUGAUACGCAGCUCAACCAACCAGGUGCAAGUUUACUACCGCAGCCUCCAGCCAACCAACCAUGGUGUCUUCAGCCUGCAUUAUCAAGCUUUCCUCCUGUCCUGUUCAUUCCCUCGCUCUCCUGAGGGAGGCGGUGUAACAGUGACAGAUCUUCACCCUGGAGGCCAGGCCCACUUUCACUGUGACCCUGGCUUCCAGGUCAGAGGUCACGAAGUGGCCACCUGUCUAAACUCUACACGGCCUCACUGGAGCUCUACGGAACCGCAGUGUGUUGCUGUAUCAUGCGGAGGAUGGAUCAGAAAUGCCACCGUGGGCCGAAUCCUCUCCCCUGCACCCCCCUCUGCCAGUAACCAUAGCACCACCAACAACCUGAGCUGUCAUUGGCUGAUUGAAGCCAGAGAGGGGCAUAGGCUCCACCUCCACUUUGAGAGGAUGGCGCUGGAUGAGGACGAUGAUCGGCUGAUUGUGCGUGGGGGGAACAGUUCCUUGUCCCCGGUGCAGUUUGACUCGGACCUGGACGAUGUCCCCGAGCGUGGCAUCGUCAGCGAAGGCUCUGCGCUCUACCUGGAGCUGACCGCCGACUCUUCCAGCAUCCCGCUGCUGCUGGCUCUGCGUUACGAGGCUUUCGAUGGUGAGCACUGCUACGAACCCUACCUGCCCCAUGGUAACUUCAGCAGCAGUGACAUCACCUUCCCGCUGGGUACAGUCGUUAGCUUCUCAUGCUCGCCUGGGUUUGCCCUGGAACAGGGCCCGGGGGUCAUCGAGUGUGUCGACCCCAGUGACCCUCACUGGAACGAGAGCGAGCCGCUGUGCCGAGCGCUCUGUGGGGGGGAGCUGACAGAGCCCAUGGGCACAGUGCUCUCUCCUGAUUGGCCGCAGAGCUACGCCAAGGGACAGGACUGUGUGUGGCAAAUACACGUCAACGAGGACAAGCGGAUUGAACUCGACAUCCAGAUCUUAAAUAUUCGCCACAAUGAUGUCCUCACUAUAUUUGAUGGUCAUGACCUCACCUCGCAUGUGAUUGGCCAGUACCUGGGAUCACGGGAGCGUUUUCAAGUUAUGUCAGGGGGGUCAGAUGUCAUGGUUCAGUUCCAGAGUGACCCUGACGAUUCCACCUUCAUCCUCAGCCAAGGAUUCCUCAUUCACUAUCGAGAGGUGGAGCGUAAUGACACAUGUCCUGUCCUCCCUCCGAUUGAAUUUGGGUGGAGAAGCUUCUCCCACCCAUCUAUGGUGAGGGGCAGUGUGCUGACCUAUCAGUGUCAGCCUGGGUAUGACAUAAUUGGUUCUGACAUAAUCACCUGCCAAUGGGAUCUCUCCUGGAGUAACAGCCCGCCCACCUGUCAGAAAGCUCAGCAAUGCUCAGAUCCAGGGGAGAUAGUGAAUGGGGCACGCUCCGUACGCCCCGAGCCUGGCUUUGCCGUCGGGACGGUAGUGCGCUUCUCAUGUAAUCAAGGCUACCAGCUGGAGGGCCCUGUUCAGAUCUCGUGCCACGGUCGUGACACUGGGACCCCCAAGUGGAGCGACAGAAGCCCAAAGUGUGUCUUGAAGUACGACCCGUGUCCAAACCCAGGCGUGCCCGAUAACGGCUACCAGACUCUGUACAAGCACAGCUACCAGGCGGGGGAGUCACUGCGCUUCUUCUGCUAUGAAGGCUAUGAGCUGAUUGGUGAGGUCACCAUCAGUUGCAUCCCUGGUCACCCGUCACAGUGGAGCAGCCCGCCACCUUUCUGCAAAGUGGCUUAUGAGGAGCUUUUGGAUGACCACAAGCUUGAAGUAUCCAGGACCACUGACCCAUCACACCAGAUGGAUGGUGAGAACAUUGCCUUGGCGAUCUUCCUGCCAAUCAUCUUGGUCAUCUUCCUGAUUGGCGGAAUAUACAUGUAUUACACCAACAUGUGUAGGUUCCAGUGGAAACCGCUGUUUUGGAAGUCUCUCUCACACACCCACUCCUACAGCCCCAUCACAGUGGAGUCGGACUUUAACAACCCUCUGUAUGAGGCUGGGGACACACGCGAGUACGAAGUAUCCAUCUGAAAACAUAAAACACAGAAAUGACUGGAGCGAGCUGGAGGAGUGAAGCCUGAAUGAAAAAGAGAGGGGAGCACUUUUGAUCUCUUCACGCCCGCUACCUUCGUCACAUUCAUCGCCCCGCCUCCCUGUCUCUGCCCUACUCCAUGUACCUCCCCAACCCUCAGUCUGUGCUCCAUCUGUCUCAUCAUAUGAAUGUGUAUCUUACGGUCUCUUUGCCCCUGAGCAUCAUGUUUCUUGCUGUCCUGUACAUAACAAUCUCCCAGCACUGUUGUUUUCAGUGUCAGACUUUCAAUCUAUAAUUAGGACUGGUGCCUUAGAGAGAGGGGGAUGAAACUGACAAAAAGCGGGGAGGAAGAACAUGGAUGCAGCAGUACAGCUAGAUUUUGCGAAAGGCACAGACAGGCAGGAAGGUUGCCACACGAACGCAGGAACUAAUGAAUGUAAAUAUUUUGAUUAAAUAUCGGGGCUUAAAUGCAUACGUAACACGUGCCAAAAUCCCAUUAAUGUGAUGUCACUGCACAUUUCACGUUUGUAGCCAUAGUAGUUUCUCCAUGAACUGUAAAAUACAAAGACAAUGAUGCAUUUUGUUCAUAGCAGUUCCUUAAAAAAUAUUCUGCUCGAUCUUAAUUUUGGAAAAAGGAAUGAAAAGCAGAGUGGCAGAAUGUGAUCACUUUUGUGAAAUUGGAUGAAGAGGAAGUGCUAGAAUGUUUUCACUUUUAAAGCACGCAAUGAUUGUAUACUCUGUUGCUUCUGCUAAAUCAUAUAAUUACAAUUAUUAUUAAUAUUAUUAUUGUUAUUAUGCUAUUGGUGUUGUUGUAUAUGCACAUGUUGAAAAAAAAAGUAUAAAACUGGUUGCUUGCCGUGA